GUGCAGGGGCUGCAGCCACAACAGGCUCCUGCAGGCAGAAAGGUGCCUUUGGGUUUAUCAUGGCGCUCCACAGACCAGCAGCCCUGCCAGCAGCAAAGCACAGAGGCAGCACGAUGGAAAAGAGCCACUGCUAGACUUGUUGCCUGAACCACUGGAACUGGAGCACCGUUACUACUGGAGACAGGGACCAGGGAGCUACUGGCACUGGAGCUGGAUGGGACUCUGAGCAAUGGAUGAGUCACCGGAGGAAACUAUGGAAGAGACAACAGGGGAGCCACUGGCAGGGCCUGUAGAGGAGGCACUCCCGUGCCCGACUCACCUCUACACACUGUGUAUUAGGAACCUGAACCCCAGGUACUCGCAAGAGGUUCUCUGCAGCAUGCUGAAGGACAUUCUGGGCACCGCCAACCUCCCCCUGCAGCGGCACGACAUAGAAGUGGUGAAGAAACCGAGACGGGCCUACGCCUUGGUGCAGGUGGCCACUGAGCUGAGCCUGGAGAACAUCCUGAAGCAGCUCCAGGUUGCCUCGGACAUGGAGCAACAUCUCCUCAGGGAGCUAGUGAUGAAAGGGAAAACCCUGGUGGUGGAGGAAAGCAAGAGAGCCUCGCCCAGCGCUAAGGAGUGCCAAGAGAGUGACACAGAGGUGGCUGGUGUCAGCACCCCAGAGUCUCCCGUGCUGGGGCGUUUGCAGUCUGGCAAGAGCAGGCUGCGGGGGUCCGAGGAAGCCCAGCCCAGCCCUUAUUGGAAGGGCCCCCCUCCAGCCCAGAAGCUGGCAGAGCGGCCAGCAGUGUUUCUUAGCGGCACCAGGUCAGACAGCGCCAUUGUUCGGAGGGAGAUCGUGGGCCAGGAGCGCUUGUUCUAUGGAGCCUUCAUGGGGAGUGAGACCAGGAACGUGGAGUUCAAGCGGGGUGGGGGGGAAUACCUGAGUGUGACCCUCAAACACCACGUCCGGAAGUAUGUGUGUGCCUUCCUCAACAGCGAAGGGGGCAGCCUCUUCGUGGGGGUGGAGGACAGCGGCUUCGUGAAUGGGGUCAGGUGUGGGCACAAAGAGGAGGACCGCAUCCGCCUGCUCAUCGACUCCCUUCUGAAAGGGUUCAAGCCGCAGGUGUUCCCUGACGCCUACACCCUGACCUUCAUCCCUGUGGUCAAAGCAGAAGACACCGGUAUCUUCCUGAAGGUGAUCCGGCUAAGCGUUCAUCUGCCCAGACAGCAAGGGGAGCUGCUGCUUUAUGAAACGGACCAGGGGGAAGUGUACCUGCGCCGGGAUGGCAGCAUCCAGGGACCACUCUCAGGGAGCGCCAUCCAGGAGUGGUGCAGGCAGAAAUGGACAGGAGAAGUGAGGAAGCUGGAAGAGCGGAUAGAGAGUUUGAUGAAGGAGAAGGAGAGCCUGCAGCAACAAAUCAACCAGCAGCAGAGCCAGAAUCCCAAAUCUAGAUUCUGUACCAUCCUGUGA